AUGAGCCCACCCUUCGUCUACAAUGUAUACGGAGCAGGGGAACCGAGCCAGACGAUGACGAGAACAGGUCCUCGGUCAUUACCAGCCGCCUGUCACCCGACGAGGACUCCACAAUAGACCGCCGCCAGCAGACACACGCCUCCGCCGCGACACUCAAUCAUAAUCAUAAUAAUAAUAAUAAUUAUUAGAAUUAUAAUUGCCCUAAUAACCACCGCGAUGGAAAGAGACAUGCAGCCCGCAGAAGAGGGGCCCUGCGCGCCUAAGAUGUGCAGACAACAACAGCGGGGUCCGUGCAGCAGCCUCAAACCCUUCCAAAGUAAGCGCUCGGCGGGUAAGUCGCGCUUUGACAGGUCGGCUAUGGUGGAGGUUCCCCUCUUCGGUGGCGGCGGUGGUGCUGCUGAGGUUGGCAGCGGCGGCGGACAGCAUCCCUUCAGUUACAACCCCGGGCAGCCGCAUCCCUUCACCUCGUCGCAUCACCAACAGAGGGUGCAGCAGCAGCCACCGCACCACCAGACCACCGCCACUAUCAGUAGUACCCAGCAGCAUCACGCGGCUCCACCACAACAGCAGCAUCGCUUCCAUUGUAGUGAGAACAGGCCCAGCAGUAGAGCCGCGACGUCCACCUCGGCAGCGGGGAGCAGCGCGGCCGGCUGCCCCCAGCGGCGCUCCGGGGGCGGGGAGCGUGGAGCGCUGCGUCCCGACCCCGGCUUCUCACCUGGGAGAGCCGCCCUGGUCGCGUCCCCAGACUGCAGCUACGGUAUUAGCUCAGAGAACCGGCUGAUCCUCGACGCCUUCGCCCAGCAGUGCAGCCGUGUCCUCAGCCUCCUGAACAACGGUCGGCUGAUGGAGCCCUCCUGCUCCACCUCCUCCUCCUCCCCCACCAUCAAGCAGGAGGACGGGCCGGGGGGCCAGCCCAUGGACUCCUCCUUGGGGACGGGCCCCACGCCGCCCCAAGAGGCGAGCUGCUCCACCACCGACCCCGAGGGAGAGGCCCAGCGCAGCCAGUGGAACCAGCAGCAGACCUCCGCCUUCCUGCGCAUCUUCACCGACUCCCUGCAGAACUACCUGCUCUCCGGGCCCAAGCCGCUGAAGAACCAGGGCCUGAUGGGCCAGCCGGGGGGCCCGGAGGAAGAGCCGUGCCCGGCGGCGGAGCCCGGUUCCGGGGUGUCCCCGCAGGGCCACCAGGCCGUGGGAGGCUGGAGCUCCCCGGCCCCGUCCGAGUCGUACCUUCACCCUUCGUCCACUCUGCCCGAGGAGGAGGAGGAGGAGGAGGAGGAGGAGGAGAAUUGCUGUCCGCGCUGCCUGGAGUUGGAGCAGGAGGUGCUGUCUCUGCAGCAGGAGAACGAGGAGCUGCGGAAUAAGCUAGAGAACAUACCAGCGCCGUGUCAGAAUGUUCUGGACUACUUCCGGUCGGUCCUGCAGUUCCACAACCAGCUGGUUCAGCCUAUUCUAGAGGAGCCGCUGACCGAGGAAGAAGAACGGCAAACAGUCUUUGAGGGCAGCAAGCAGCUGCUGGGGAACUACCCUCUGUUCAUCACCAACAAGCAGUGGGACGAGGCCGUCAACUCCUCCAAGAAGGACGGCCGCCGCCUGCUGCGCUACCUGAUCCGCUUCGUGUUCACCACCGACGAGCUCAAGUACUCCUGCGGCCUGGGCAAGAGGAAGCGCUCCGUCCACUCAGGGGAGCCCGGUCUGGAGCGACGCCCCCUCAACCCGGUCAAGGUCAGCUGCCUCAGAGAGUUCAUCCGGAUGCACUGUGCCUCCAACCCCGACUGGUGGAUGCCGUCGGAGGAGCAGAUCAACAAGGUGUUCAGCGACGCCGUGGGCCACGCCCGCCAGGGCCGCGCCGUAGCCAGCUUCCUGGGCGGCGGCAGCGGCGGGGGCGGCGGCGGGGGCGGGGGCGGCGGCGGCGGGGGCGGGGGCAGCAGCGGCGGCAGCAACAGCAGCACCAGCAGCCUGUACAUGGAGGGCUACGACGCACACCUGGCCCAGCCCGACGAGCUCUACCUCAAGGGCUGCCACAACGGCGGCCAGGCCGACUAGAGGCCGAGUCAGGGCGGGUUCAGGCUGAGUCAGACCGAGUCAGGGCGAAUUCAGACCGCGUCAGACCAAGUCAGGGCGAAUUCAGACCGCGUCAGGCCGAGUCGAGGCGAAUUCAGACCCAAUCAUGCUGAGUCAGGGCGAAUUCAGACCGCAUCAGGCCGAGUCAGGGCGAAGUCAGACCCAUCACAGGCAUUGCAGCGAUUAGUGCUAACUGCUGCAGUGAUGUGGGAGUCUCACCUCAUUUGUUUGACGUCAUGUUGGGAACUUAAACGUCUCCUCCAUGACAGGGUUGUAGAGCUCUGGAAAGGGCAAAACGGCGGUGAUCAGCCUCUCUUCCAUUCACAAUAAUACAAUGCUGACGCCACAUGGUAAACAAGGUCCUUCUUCCCGCGGUUGUCUUCCGGUCUGAUCACCUACUCACGUGAUUGGCCCCCACAACGUGACGUCAGGUUGUUUCUCUAAAAGUUGAUUCCGUUUCAACUCUUCACCGCAAUCGGCUGCAUUUUACUUUCAGAACCAAACGCAGAACGCACUACCCCCAUUCAAAAGAAUGGUUGAUUUCGCCUGAUUUGGUCUGAAUGAGCCCUUUAACAUCCAUGCUUUGCAUUCAUGGUUCUUCUUUCGCAGUGAUUAUGCACGCAGACUGCCAGUCAAGAAUUUGCGGGGCAUAAAUCUGUUGCCAUCGGGUGAUUUUUAUCAUUAUUAGAAGAUGAUCGGGUUAAUCAUGUUAAUUUGAUCUACCGAACCAGAUCCACAAUGUUCUCAAUGCUGGCAUAAGUCAACCAGCAAAUGUAGCCCUUGUAGCAGAUCUCCCCUGUUCCCCGUCCCCCCAUGGCAACCUUCCAGUGCCCUGCAGUGUGGGGAGAUGUGUGGAGAGGGGUACAUCUGCUCCAGUGAUCCAGAUGAUGAGAGUGUUCUUUAGUCGUCUUACUUUGCUAUUCAACACAGGUGUAUGAAUCAGCCUGUCGGGUCAUUGGAGUAGACUUUUUAACCUGAACCGUAUUAUUGUAUAAAGAAUGACCGUUAUCUGUCACUUUACAUGGGGGAAAAGGGGAGGGUAUCGUUGAAGCAUUCCAGAGACACUUCGAUCCGAUGUAUCUACUUUAACUGUUAUAUAUUUUUCAAAGUUGUCAAUUUUUUUGCGUAGUUUUGUACAUUGUUGUCUUUUUUUACAUUAUUUUGCUACAAGGGAGCCUUGGAUUUUUACAUAAGAAAGAUAGAUUGUCUUCAUGUGCAUUUACUUUCAUGAGCAGUUGGGUCAUAUCAGUUUUUGGUAAAUGGAUAACUGGACCAAAAUAGACAAGGGAGACUGUUCAAUCUCUUCGGGUUUUUUUUGGAGCAACUUAAAAACUAUGCCUUCAGAGUAUUACAGUUCAAAAGUCAUUAAUGGGAGUUGAGUUGUCCGACCCAGUGUCAAUGUCCUUAAUUUGAAGGGUAUCUGAAGCUACAAACUUACUUUAGGCUGACACUGAGCUCAAAUAUAAUUUGUGUAUUCUCUCAGUGCGGAUCCAGAUGGCUUCAGUCGAGUAACGCCCUCUCAUCACCUCCUCAGCUUUAGUGCCUGUAACAACUGAAGGAGCUACAAAUCAUGUUUUCCUACCACCUACGGUAAAUGUCCAACAUAAAACACGCUGUGUUAUUUAGUUUACAUGUAAGGGAACAAACAGUGACCCCUGGAGGAGCUUAAGAAAACAGCAUCAUUUCCUCUUGAAUCAUUCCAGGAGAAGGCUAGCGGGAAACAGAUGUUUAUGAAUCAAUGAUAACGGGCCUCCUACCAUUGCGUUAUAUAGACUUGAAGAACAAAAGCAUUGUUUUAUAUACUGUGUGUCUUAUAGUAGUUACCGUAUCAGACAUGUGUUUUUACAUUGACUUUAAAACAGAAGUGGCAAAUAUACAUAAGAUUGUAUCUAAGUUCAGUUGUCUGAUAUUUUAUUUAAAUAAUUGUAUUAUUUUUUUAUCAUGGAUUAAAUUUGUUCUAUUCUAUAAUGUAUUUGAAAAACACCUGCAGUUUACGUAUUGCUUUGUUUGAAAUCACUGUGUGUAACCAAACUUAGCUUUUGGAAUCUGAAAUACCUUUUAGACUAGAGGUUAUUGAGAAUGUAUGUGCACUCAAUGCAGUUUGUUUCUAGUGUAGUAGGAUGCUAGUACUAGUAUUCGGGACUGCCAGACUGUCAAUGAUUAAUGAUAUGUUUCAGAAGUAUAGUGUUUGCAGCUAGAGAAAUGUGUUGCUCUGAAAACAUGUAUACUGCAACACCACCACCACGCACAUCUUAUAGCUCUCUUAAUUUUGGGACUAAUUAGCAACAAGAUGGUAUUGCAUAUGUUUUUGUACACCCAAAUUUGUCCAAUGUCUGACUUUCCCAGAUUUGGUACUAGCCUUCAAGCUGAUAACAUAAACCCGUUAACAAGGGAGAAAUAAAGGCCAGUUCCUAGUACACUUUAUAAAUAUAUAUUAUAUUAAUGUGUACAGUGUUGCUGUAUACUACUGAAUGAAGUAGAAAAGUGCCACAGAACUUUUGCCGAUUAGUUUCUGUAAUCAUAUACUGUUCUGAAUGUGAGCAUUUAUAUGUGCUAUCUUUUAUCCUCCAAAGUUGCUGUGUCAACACUGUGAAAUGUCCAUUUGUUUUUUUACGAAACAAUUUAAAUAAGACUUUGAUUUUUAUUUAUUAAGAAAUAAAAAUGUAAUAUCUAUCAAAAUUCAUGGUAGGCUACAAUGGUUUUCUGUGAUAUGGGAGAUUUAGAAUAGAAAAAUUGAAAUAGCUAGUGUGGAGAAUUGGGGUAGAUGGAAAGGCCCCUUCUGUCUAUUUAUUUGAUCCCAUAACAGUUGAGGUUCAAUCCUUGUGUGAAAAUACAGUAAAGAGGUUUAAGUGGUUCUUAAUACAUCUAAUAAAUCAAGAACAAACCGUCCUUGGCCACUAGUUAUAGUAAACAAGCAGCUUUCCUUCCCAUGCAGUUAUCUGGCUGCAAUUGCAAAAUAAGUACACAGUAAC